UUUUAAAAUGGCCAGCCCGCUUGGCUCUUGAGUCACUCUCAGUUGGAACGGCGCGUCAAACGGUUAUCGCUUGCUGGCGCUCUCCUGCGCCCUGCCCCUCCGCCCGCUCCACCGUACACCGUACACCGUACCGCUCCUCGCUCCAUAGAAUCUAUUUAACAGUUGUUUUGCUGCCUCCCAGAGACGACGACGACGACGACGCAAACGCAGAAGAAGAAGCAACCAAACGAGAAGCAAACGCCAGAAGAUCAAAGCAAGCAACAAUGGGAAUGAUAAGCAGAAUUUUGGCUGGGCUGCUGCUGGCGGUCAUAUUGUUGGCAGCCACCACCACCACCACCGAGGCCAACUCCAUACCCACGACAGUAACAACGCCACAGGGCGUGUUCGAGACCCGGACGGACAAGGUGCCCAGUCUGAGUGGCACGGGAACAGCUCUGCCAGGUGGAUCUUACGACGACAUCGACACCUUUGUCCCCUUCCGGAGCGACUCGCACGAUCCCUUUUCGUGGCACCUGCUGAAGACAGUGCUUCAGGAUGGAUCAACGGCCGGAAAGAAUGUAAUCCUAUCGCCGUUCUCCGUCAAGUUGGUGCUGGCCCUGCUGGCUGAGGCCGCCGGUGCCGGAACUCAGACCCAACGGGAACUGGCCAAUACGCAGACCGACAUCCGGUCGCAGAACAAUGUGCGCGAGUUCUACCGCAAGACCCUCAACUCGUUCAAGAAGGAGAACCAGGUCCACGACACCCUGAGCGUCCGCACCAAGCUCUUCACCGACAGCUUCAUCGAGACGCAGCAGAAGUUCACCGCCACGCUGAAGCACUUCUAUGACAGCGAGGUGGAGGCUGUGGACUUCACCAAGGCGGAUGCGGCGGCGGCCACCAUCAACAACUGGGCCAAGAACAUAACGGAGGGCCGCCUGCAACAGAUCGUUACUCCGGACAGUGUCCAGAGCAGCGUCAUGCUGCUCACCAACCUGAUCUACUUCAACGGCCUGUGGAGGAGGCAGUUCGCCACCACCUUCCAGGGACCGUUCUUCCGGACCAAGGACUCGCAGUCGCGGGCGGAGUACAUGGAACAGACGGACUUCUUCUACUACACCAACUCCGAGAAGCUGCGCGCCCAAAUCCUGCGUCUGCCCUACAAGGGAAAGAACUCGAUGUUCGUCCUCCUUCCGUACGCCGUCGAUGGUAUCCACGAGCUGGCCAAAACCCUGGAGAAUGACGAGCUUAAGGGCGCCCAGUGGGCCAUGGAGGAAGUCAAGGUGAAGGUGACCCUGCCCAAGUUCCACUUUGAAUUCCAGCAAAAUCUGAAGGAGACCCUGCGCAGCCUGGGCGUGCGUGAGAUCUUCGAGAACACUGCAUCCCUGCCGGGACUGACUCGCGGCGCUGAUGUCGCCGGGAAUGUCAAGGUCACUGACAUCCUGCAGAAGGCCGGCAUCGUGGUGAACGAGAAGGGCACCGAGGCCUAUGCCGCCACCGUUGUGGAGAUCGAGAACAAGUUCGGUGGCAGCACCAUCAUCGAGGAGUUCAACGUUAACCGCCCGUUCGUGUUCUUUAUCGAGGAGGAGUCCACCGGCAAUAUAAUGUUUGCCGGCAAAGUCCACAAUCCCGUCAGUCAGUUGUAGGCCACUAAGGUGGAGUUAUAAAUAAUAUGCAAUAAAAGUUUUAGACGAAAAGAUA